AUGUGGAGCUUAAUGUUUCUCAACGUUAAGAGACUUGUCUGGUGUUUUAUAUUCCUGCUAGCUGUUCGCGCCAACAAAGUGAAGGCUAAGCACAUAACGUUGACAGUAGGAGAGAGCCGUUUCAACCGCGACUACUUUGAUAACUUUACCUUCGUACUAGACAAUGGCAAGGUCUAUUUAGAUAUGUUUCUAAAGAAACCACUAAUAAAGGGUUGGUAUGCUAGACUGGACUUUCAGCUUCGGGUGCCUAACUCCAAGAGUUUUCAGAGCAUAUUCUCAACAAGUGUUAAUGUGUGUAAUAUUGUAAAUGUGUACAAGAACAAUCUUUUCAAGAAGUGGUACAUGAACCUUCUUAAAUAUGGUAACUUUCUGCGACAGUGCCCCUUAAAUCCCGGCCAUUAUUACCUACGAGGCUGGCAGUUUGGCAACAGUCUGGUGCCGCCAUUUAUUUCGGGCGGCUCCUAUCGUUUAGAGACCUACAAUUUCUAUGGCAGGUACAAAAGCACCGAUGAAGUCUUCAUAAUGAGCUGCAGCGCGGAUGCUACGAUUACUGCAUAA